AUGCCUGACCUCAAGUGGGACCACGAGCUGGCCCGCGUGGCGCAACGCUGGGCUGACCAGUGUUUGAACGGCCGCGACAAGUGCCGCAGCGUGGCGCGCUUCUACGUGGGCCAGAAUCGCGGCUGGAGCUGGCGCAACAAGCCGGGCGGGGCCAGGGACUGGACGCGCAGGGCUGUUGGGAGGUGGUUCCACGGAGAGCUGCCGUUCUUCCGGCAGAAGGACCUGGUGUUCCGCCGGGGCAAGGAUCCCGCGACUGGCCGCCCGAUCGGUCACAUGACCCAGGUCAUCUGGGCGGCCACUACCAGGAUCGGCUGCGGCUUCACCAACCAGCGGUUUGGCACCUGGGUGAUGCGCUCAUACUUCUGCAAUUCCGGACCUGGCGGCAACAUCCUGAACCAGGGGAUCUACCAGCGGGAUCAAAUACUGCCUUGA